UUAUUAAACUAACAAAUAAGAAUAGAUUCAUUUCAUUAGAUGAUGUUUCCUCGGGUUUAUUCCCAUGUCUGACUCUCUCUGGCAGUGCGCACUCCACCCAUUGGCGCAGGUAUGCGUACCUACCUUUGGGAAGUUUCAAACACGGAAGUUUUCCGGGCUGUCACGACUUAAUCCAACUCUACACCUCUGUAGUGGGCAGCAGACAGGCUCUCUUGUUUUUUGUCUUUAACGAACCGUGGACUACCACAGAAGUGAAUCUCACCGGUAAGUGAGAGAAAAGGACUCUUUUGGUCUUCAGGGAACCAGGUCUCAGCGUGAGUCUGGCCCAAUGGCGUCCGCCGGACCAGUGAUCCCGAGCGGCCCGGUGGAGGUAGCGGGGCUCGGGGGAAGCCUGUCCCUCCCCGGCAACACCGAGAAGCUCAACUCCUCCGCCGUCCACCGCAUCCUGAUGGAGUUCCUCAUGUACUUCGGCAGAGCCAUGUUCGUGUUCUACCCCGUGUACCUGACAGGGUACCUGGGCCUCAGUAUCAGCUGGGUGCUGCUGUGCAUGAUGAUGGUCACCUGGUGGAAGAAAAACCGACAGUGGAAAGACUCCCGGAUCGGAACCGCUAUUGAUUUUGUGGAUAAUGAAACACAAGUGGUGAACAAGGAGCUGCAGAACGCCCUACAAAUGGCAACAUGGGUCCACUUUCCUGAUGUUGAGAAAGUUUGCUGGGUUAACAAGGUUUUGGAGCAGGCCUGGCCUUUCUUUGGGAUGUACAUGGAGAAACUCCUUAAAGAAAACAUUCAGCCAGCUGUCCGGCUCUCCAGCCCCGCACUCAAAACCUUCACUUUUACCAAGGUCCACUUUGGACACAUACCUCUCAGGAUCACUGGAAUGAAAGUAUACACACAUGAAGUGGACCACAGGGAGGUGAUCCUGGACAUGAACAUAUGUUAUGAGGGCGAUGUGGACAUCGACGCAGAUGUUAAGACGCCAAUCACAGCUGGCGUCAAAGGACUUAAAUUCCAGGGAAUGAUGAGAGUCAUUUUAGAGCCGCUGAUCGGUCAAGCCCCUCUGGUGGGAGGUGUCACCUACUUUUUCAUUCGACGACCUACUUUGGAGAUUAACUGGACUGGUAUGACAAACCUUCUGGACACCCCUGCCUUCAGUUCAUUGUCUGAGGAGACCAUCAUGGACAUCAUCGCCUCCCUCAUGGUGUUACCCAACCGCAUGUGCAUCCCCCUCAUAGACCAGGUCAAAGUGGACCAGAUGAGGUUCCCACUCCCUCGUGGUGUGGUGAGGGUGCACCUGCUGGGGGCCAGAGACCUGGUGGCCAAGGACACAUACAUGAUGGGUUUGGUGAAGGGCAAAUCAGACCCCUACGCAACACUCCGGGUCGGCAAUCGUCACUUUAAGAGCAAAACGGUCAAAGAGAAUCUGCACCCUACGUGGAUGAAUGAAGUGCAUGAGUUUGUCGUCCAUGAGGCCCCGGGUCAAGAGUUGGAGGUGGAACUGUAUGAUGAGGACACAGAUAAAGACGACUUCAUCGGAAAGUAUCAUCUUGAUUUAGGAGAAGUGAAGAGAGACAAAGAAAUGGAACAGUGGUUUCCUCUGGAUGGAGUCCAGAGUGGAGAAGUUCACCUCAAGCUCCAGUGGUUUUCUCUCAAGACUGACCCCAACCUUAAUACAGAGUCCAAAGACGGCUUUGCUUGCGCCAUGCUUGCAGUAUAUCUGGACAAUGCAACAAACCUACCGAAAGACCACAAAGAGAUCUCGGAUCGUCAGAAACACGGGAAGCACUCGAAUGAAGCUCGGCUGACAAAGAGAAAUACUGGGCCCAGCUCCUUUGUGGAAUUUUCCAUUAAUAAUGACGUGCAGAAAAGCAAGGUUGUGUAUGCAUCCAAAGACCCGGUGUGGGAGGAGGGCUUCACCUUCUUUGUGCAAAAUGUGAAAACACAGCAGCUCAGUGUUCAGGUUAAGGAGCACGAGAAGAAGAAUCAGCUGGGUGUAGUCAACAUUCCCCUGCAUCGCCUCCUCAACACCUCCAACAUGACUCUGGACCAGCGCUUCCUGCUGGAACGCUCCGGAUCAAACAGCCAGAUCAAGCUGAAAGCCACUCUCAGGAUUAUGUCCUUGGAAAAACCUCCACCCAAGAUCAUCCUGGAUCCUCUCCCACAUGUCAGCCAGCAUGGACCCCAGUCCAACCAGAGAGUCAACGGCUCUGAAUCUACUCCCGCUGUUGCUACAUCCACUUCUCAAGGAUUUUCCGCCAACAGCCAAGCUUCAUCUGUAACCGGACCAGCAGGUUUCCAGAAUGGCUCUAAUACUGAAUAUUUAAAUCACCGCCGGGGCUCCUUCCUGGCCUCUGAAGCCUAUAAGUCACCCCCCUCCACGUCAAACAUGCGGCGCUUUGAUUCCCACAGCCUGCUGUCGGAGAACUCCAUGGCCUCUUCACGUUUUGAUCUUUCAAACGGAGCUUCAUAUCCUGACGCCAUCAGGAAACAUCAGGGUUCAUUUGGAGAAAUCAACUUGACUGUACGCUACGCAACUCUGAGGAAAAAGCUCAUGAUCCUGGUAAACUCCUGCAGGAACUUGUUCCCCUGCAGUGAGAAUGGCACAGACUCUUACGUCCGCCUGUAUUUGCUCCCUGACCAAACCUGGAGACAUCGCAAGAAGACACAUGUCAAGAAGAGGACGGUCAAUCCUGUCUUCAAUGACAAGUUUGAGUUUGACGUGACGCUUGAAGAGGCGCAAGCCAGGAAGUUGGAUGUGUCUGUGAAAAAUAACAAGAUGUUCUACACACGGGAGAGGAAGGACAUUGGCAUGGUGAUGUUAGAUUUUUCACAGAUGGAUCUCGUCAAAGGCAACACAGAGUGGUAUGAGCUCACACUGCCCGGGCUGAAGAAAUCCAUCUAGUGGGGCGAGGUGUAAAACGAGUGCUGCAGCUUAAAGAGCAGCUCCUCCACCGCAGCAGGGCUGGAUGCUGACCUGAUAAAUGCUUGCAUUGCAUUUCUGCAUUUUUCUUAUCAUCAUGGAGCAGAGAUGGGAUUUCCAAUAGCAACACUGAGCCCUGUCCAGAUUCUGGACGUGUUUAGUGUCCUACUGUUCUUUGUUGUGUGUAUGAUAAAAGGCGCAUACAGUUCCAAAUUACACCACUACUUUUAGUCCUACUUGAAGCAAAAUAGUAAUGUAUCUUGUCCAUAGACCGUAAAAAAUAUGGACGUAGUAUCCGUGACGUCACCCAUCUGUUUCUGAACGCUGUUUUGAAGCCAAUCGGGAGCGGCAGCCAUAUUGCUUCUGUCAAGCCAGUGUGAUGUAAAGAGGCGGGCUUUGAGCCUCCUAGCCAACAGCUACAGUGUCCCUGCAGGCAGCUGAGCCUCUCAUUGGAAGACUAGUAAUCUCAAUAACUUCAAAAUUGCCGAAUUAGAAAAAAAUUCACCCCCCUCACAGUGAGAGGACAUCGAGAAAUGAGCUAUUCAGACUCCACUCAUCUUUUGUACCUGACUGUAAACAUGUUUAUUAAUGCUGCAAAGAUCAGCUUUUACCCAUUCAUGUGUAUUUGACUUCAGGUACUUCCGGAGCCAGCCUCAAGCGGAUCCUCGAUGAACUGCAGCUUCUAACACUUCCGCAUUGACUCAUAUUUUUAGACCGGAGGUUGCCGCUUGAUCUUGUCCCAUGUAUAGAUUCCCUUUGAUUUUACACAUAUGAUAGAAUACUUGUAAUAAAUAUUUCUAAAUUAUAUCACAAAGACAAAUAGUUUUAAAAAAGAUUUUUAAACCAUUUUUUAUUCAGCGUUUUGGCGUAUUAGCAUUUUCAAGUUAAAAAGCAUAUUAUUCAGCUCUAAUGCUAAUCUUUUCAUUUUUAAAGGGAAUACAAUCUGUCAAACAUUUGCACUCUAAUGGAUGUGUGUAUAUUGGAUAUUCUUUUUGAGAGGUUUGUUUUAUAGCAGUUGAUGGAAGCUGCAGUUGAUCUUUUGUAUUAUUAUGUAAAUAGCUCUGUGAAUAGCUUUUAUUUAAUAUGCUAAGACAAAUGAUUCACAGUAGGAAAAAGCUAAGUGCAACCAGUUUUACUUAGGGAGCUGUACAGUUUGAAUUGAGCUGAGGAAACAAGCGAAGCUGCACUCAAGCAAGGCAUAAGAUCAAGCUCUUUAAUUUAGUGGAUCUGGACCCAGUUACUGGAUUGAAGGUUACAUAUUUUAAAGCAAACCCUUUGAUACAUAUCAACAAUUUAUUGAUAUUAAAAAUACUUACACAA